CAAGUGUUGAUUCAAGUCGCACUUUCGUACUUGGUAAAAGACGAAAGAACAAACGAAAUGUCUAUGACUCGUUGAUACGUUACCAACGUGCACAUCGAUUCGCAAGAAUAAUGAAACGAAGGAUUUAUCUGCGCCGCAAGGCUGCAUGGGAACGAGAUGACCCAGAGGAGACGUUCAGCGUAGACUCUGCCAGUAGUGUAUGUGGAAUGAGUCAAGAAUCCGCCCACGGACAAGGCAACAAUGAACACGUCAGUGUUCAUACUGAAGCAUCUAGUUUUACCCCUCCCGUCCAAAAUGAACCCGUCAAUCAACAAAAUGUUGGGAAUAACCCAAACGCUGGUGGUCAACCCGACCUUGUGAUUCUAGCUUUUCUAGCUAAUGUGUUGCAAGAAAUAGCCAACGCGCCAAUGUUUCAACCACCUCCACCACCGCCACCUCAAGUGAUAACCUACAAAACGCUAAGAGAUAACGGUGCAGAGUUAUUCCUUGGGGAUCGCAUCGGUGAACCCCAAAUUGCAUGGGACUGGAUCGAGCAGUUUGCUCGAGUGUUGGAGGAUCUUAACGUACCCAUUGGCAACUAUCCCCGACUAGCGUCUCAGCUACUUCGCAAGGAAGCCUACGAGUGGUGGAAGAGGACUGAUGAGAGUGCAGGAACCCCUAAGCCAUGGACAUGGACACAUUUCGAAUGGGCAUUCAAACAAGAAUAUAUUCCAAAACGUUUUAGUGAAGAAAAACUUAAGGAAUUUGUCGAAUUGCAACAGGGAGACAUGACACUCCCCGAGUAUCGUCAGAAGUUUACCAGUCUUGCUAAGUUUGCACCAACCUUGGUGAGUACCCCAACCGAUCGCAUCGAGGAAUUCAGGAAGAAACUUCGACCUGACCUUAGGUCGCGUGUGUCCGUCCUAACCACCGUGGAUUUCGCGGAGGCCUAUGAUCUCAUAGCCAGGGCAGACAGCGACUUGAGUGCUUGCAUUGAGUAUCUGAAGACAAAUAAUAUUCAAUUUAUGUGGAUGUUCGACGCUUUAGAUAUGCUUACUCAGCUUCAUCGCUGAGCGUGUAGUAUGUUUUAUUUGCUACACGCAGGUAGACAGAAUGAGUGAAUGCCAUGUUCAUGGCAGCGGAAGGGGCGAGACAGUCGUGGUGGAUUUAUUGAGAAAAUAAAUGAUUAUGUUAUUAUGAGUCAUGUUUAAAAAUCGCUUCCGCAUUAAACACUCCGUAUUUACUACAAUUAUGUUUGGAAUUUCAUUUAUGAUGAAUAAAGUUAUUUGAAAUGU